UUUUGGAGUCAGGGAUACAGAGGAUCUGAGGCCAGCUAUACCCCAGCUGAAAAAGAGAUACUGGCAGCCUAUGAAGGGAUUCGAGCUGCUUCAGAAGUGAUUGGCACUGAAGCACAGCUUCUCCUGGCACCCCAGCUGGCCAUGCUGGGCUGGAUGUUCAAAGGCAGGGUCUCCCCUACGCAUCAUGUAACCGAUGCUACAUGGAGUAAGUGGUCUGCACUAAUUAUGCAACGAGCUUCAACAGGAAAUCCCAGUCACCCAGGAAUCCUAUAAGUCAUCAUGGACUGGCCAGAGUGAAGAGAUUUUGGAAGGUCACCAGAGGAGGAGGAGGUGAUGCGUGCUGAAGAGGCCACACCAUAUAAUCAGCUGUCAGAAAGUGAAAAGCAGUAUGCCUUGUUUACUGAUGGGUCCUGCCGUAUUGUGGGAAAACAUCGGAGAUGGAAGGCAGCUGUAUGGAAUCCUCGACGACAAGUUGCAGAAACUGCUGAAGGAGAGGGUGAAUCGAGUCAGUUUGCUGAGGUGAAAGCCAUCCAACUGGCCCUGGACAUUGCUGAACGAGAAAAGUGGCCAGUACUUUAUCUCUAUACUGACUCAUGGAUGGUGGCAAAUGCCCUGUGGGGGUGGUUGCAGCAAUGGAAGCAGAGCAACUGGCAACGCAGAGGUAAACCUAUCUGGGCUGCUGCACUGUGGAAAGAUAUUGCUGCCCGGGUGCAAAACCCGGUGGUGAAGGUACGUCAUGUAGAUGCCCAUGUACCCAAGAGUCGGGCCACUGAGGAACACCAGAACAACCAACAAGUGGAUAAAGCUGCUAAGAUUGAAGUGGCUCAGAUGGACUUAGAUUGGCAACAUAAAAGUGAAUUAUUUUUGGCCCGGUGGGCCCAUGACACUUCAGGCCAUCAGGGCAGAGAUGCAACAUAUAGAUGGGCCCGUGAUCGAGGGGUGGACUUAACAAUGGACACUAUUGCCCAGGUUAUUCAUGAGUGUGAAACAUGUGCUGCCAUUAAACAAGCCAAACGGUUAAAACCUCUUUGGUAUGGAGGACGAUGGCUGAAGUAUAAAUAUGGGGAGGCCUGGCAGAUUGAUUAUAUCACACUGCCACCAACCUGCCAAGGUAAGCGCCAUGUGCUUACCAUGGUGGAAGCAACCACCGGAUGGCUGGAAACGUACGCUGUGCCCCACGCCACUGCCCGGAACACUAUCCUGGGCCUUGAGAAACACAUUUUGUGGCGACACGGCACCCCAGAGAGAAUUGAGUCAGACAACGGGACUCAUUUCCGGAAUAACCUUAUAGACACUUGGGCCAAAGAGCAUGGCAUUGAGUGGGUAUAUCACAUCCCCUACCAUGCACCAGCCUCUGGGAAAAUCGAAAGGUACAAUGGGCUGUUAAAAACUACACUGAGAGCAAUGGGUGGGGGAACUUUCAAGCAUUGGGAUACACACUUACCAAAGGCCACCUGGUUGGUCAACACUAGAGGAUCUGCCAACAGGGCUGGCCCAGCCCAAUCGGAACUUUUACAUAUUGUAGAGGGGGACAAAGUUCCUGUGGUGCAUAUGAAGAAUUUGCUGGGGAAGACAGUCUGGGUUAUUCCUGCUUCAAGUAAAGGCAAACCCACUCGUGGGAUUGCUUUUGCUCAGGGACCUGGAUACACUUGGUGGGUAAUGCAGGAUGAUGGGGAAGUCCGAUGUGUACCUCAAGGGGAUUUAAUUUUAGGGGAAAACAGCCAAUGAACUUAAUUGUAUGUUGU